CUGGAGACAUCAGGGACCCCGGGGGAGAUGAGCUGGGAAAGCCGCCAGCACUCCUGCCCAGACUUAACCAAGAACCUCCCAGGAUGCUGGCGAAGGCAAGUGGGGCUGGAAGCGUGUGUGGCUCUGACACAGACCUCGAACGAGCGCUGAUAGCCGCCGCGUUUCAUUUCCACAGCUGAAAACAGCCGGGGCAGCGGUGGGCGUGAGACCCCCUGACAGCAGCAAUGGGGAGACCCAGGAAGGAACCCACCAGCGGACCAUCCCCUCAGCCAGCUACAGCUGCCCCCAAAACCUCCCCUGCCGCGCCACCACCUUCUGCCUCAGCCACCCGCGCCAAGGCUGCGGCCACGGGCAGCCGAUCCCGGAGCGCUCCGGCUGCUGGGGCUGCCGGCCCCAGCCCGAGGCGAGGGGCAAAGCCAGGCUGCUCUCAGCCGAAAUCCACAGCAUCCCGUGGGGCACAAGGAGAUGCAGGGGACCAGCAACGCACAGCGUCUGCCAGGAGUCGCUCUGGAACCCAGAAGAAGCUGCCUGAUGCCAGAGGAGCCGCCAGACCUGACCGCAGUCAGCAGAAGCAGCAGCCUGAGGCUGACCCGAGCGGGGCCUGGAGCCGAUUCCUGUGCCCUGUGAGCAGCCAGGACAUCCCGUGGGUAGAGAAGGAGACCCGGGGCCAGCGGACCAACCCCAAGUGGUACGAGUGGCGUGAGAACCGCAUCACAGCCUCCGUGGCCCCCAAGAUUGCCAACAGCAAGUUUGCCAACGGCAAGACGUCCGAGGUGCCCCAGUCCUACCUGAAAGCAGUGGUGGGCUCCAGCCCCCAGGUGCAGACGCCAGCCAUGUCCUGGGGGGUCCGCAACGAGAAGGCAGCCGUGCGGGCCUACGAGCAGCUGAAGUCGCGGGCCGUGGGCAAGCCGGUGCGGGUGGAGGAGUGUGGCCUCUUCAUUCACCCGGACAAGGAGUGGCUUGCCGCCAGCCCGGACGGCAUCAUCACGGAGGAGGCCACGGGGAAGGCCCUGGGGCUGCUGGAGGUGAAGUGCCCCUACAAACACAGGAACAAGACGGUGAGUGAGGCCUGCAAGGACAAGGACUUCUGUCUGGAGGUAGACAGGGGCUCUUACACCCUGAAGAAGAAUCAUGCCUACUUCACCCAGGUCCAGUGCCAGCUGGCGGCUGCUGGCUUGCAGCACGCCGACUUUGUGGUGCAUACCACCAAGGAGACGGCUGUGGUCCCCGUGGAGUUUGACUCCCAGUUCUGGGGGCAGACGGUGCCCAAGCUGGAGAAGUUUUACACCCAGGCGGUGAUUCCCCACCUGGAGGGGAAGGCAGGCAGCUCUGUCUGGGCCAAGGAGGAGUAGACUCCCUGGCCUCACUCGCCUGGAUGCUCGCUCAGCUGCACAGAGCCAGCUUCAGUCCCCUAGCAUAGGAAUUCCGCUUGGUUUGGCUGCUCUUCUUGGACUGUUCACUGCCUCUGCCCUGAUGCAGCUGCCUCGGGACUGACCCACUGUACCAGCACAACCCUGCCUUGGUAAAGGCCCCACAAACAGCAAGGGGCUCCUGCCCAAGCCACUUGGUUCCUCCCCCCCUCACUGUGUCUGUCCCCAAUUUGGCCCAGCAGCACUGCCUGAUGGAUGCAGGCACGCUGGAUCUGCGGGGGGAGCCACUGAUACCUCUGUGCUGGAAUAACAGACUUAGCUUGUCAAGACAACUGGAUCCUUUGGCACCUCAGCUACUACUCUCAGGACUAAAUCACAACUGCACUCCAGAGUGGAGACAGAGCCAGGGCAGGCUUGUCAGAGUCCAAGAGCAAAACACAGCCUUUGAGCCAAGUACUGAUGUGCCUUAAGAAUUGUAGUGAGGGUGCAUGGGACACCCUUCCUCACCAAGCCAUCAGACCUACUCCUUCUUUGGAGUAACCCCUGAGGCUCAUGACUAGUUGGCUGAAGCCUUGGGAAGACUCUGCCCAUUGAAGAGGUUGUUCCCAAGCCCAGAAGAUGUUCCUGUAGAGCCCCUUGGCAGGGCAGGAAGGUGGACAUCUCUCUCUUAAAUGCAAGACACAGUGGCCCUUGUGUUCUGUGCUCUUGUGGUGGAAGGGAGAAGGGUUGUGUGAGAUUCACCCACCAGGUCCCCUCCUCAGAAGGGGAGCACUGGGGUCCCAGAGCGACAGGAGACCCAAGGCCACUGAACUACUCCAAAGCCACCACCAUUAUGGCAAAAGUACUUUAUUAUAUACAUAAGACUCCAGCCACACUCCACAGGGCAAGGACCAGAAUUUGCUAUUUUACAUAUCAAUACAAAGUAACUAUAAAAACAUAAAGCACUUUUGGGGCCCAGGCUUUCCACAGGAGGAGAGAGGCACAGGGACGAGCCUGGGGGCUGCUGAGUGACAAGGGCUGCCCCAAACCCUCCCGCAGCUGUGGUCCCACAGUAACCAGAUGUGCAAGUAGGAAAGAACCCGGUUAAGAAAAGUCAUAGGGACUGGCAAGUGGGGGCUGUCCUGCUCCCCCACCCCACGGACCGAGCCAGGGGUCCUUGGGCCAGAAGCAGGGUCUGCAGCCCCCAGGGAAAGUGCAGAAGGCACGUGGGCCAGGCUCUUUGGAGGGGCUGUGAGGAGGAGGUGGGAUCCAAUGGUUAGUGCACGCAGGGCCCCAUCGUAUCACACACAUACACACUGGGGACAUGGAGUGUGGGGAAAAGCCUUCCACUGCCAAACUGAAGCGGGGCCUGGAGAGGGCACAUCCUGUGUGUCUGGAGCAGCAGUUGCAUAGCAGAAGGGGCUCAGGGCCUGCUCUUGACAAGGCAGUAGGUUUUACCCUACGUGUCCAGGAAACGAACACCAACUUCUGCAAUGGAGAGAGUGCUGGGAAGAAAGGCCCUCCCAGCUCCUGGCUCCAUCCA